AUGGCCUUGACGCUUACGACCGGUUUCACCGACAGUUACGAGCAAGUGACGGAGCUCGCGUCCGAAGACCAGAACCAGUUCUACUCCGAUUAUCUCACCUACAUCCGUCUUUUGUUCGACAAGACCGGGACGUCCCCCGAGACGUUCGACGCUCUCGACAUUGCGCUCUGCGACGGCGAUGCUACGCGGUUCCGCGUCGCCGCGUCGCCACGUCGAGAUCGUGCGACCAGUGGCGCGUUUUCGAGACGGCGGGAGUCGGCGGACGAGACGAUUAGAGAUGGGUUUGGCGAUGAGGAGGUGUUUGUUCUUGUUUGA